AUGGGAGUGAAAAUCGAUGGUCGGCAGUUACACCAUCUUCGCUAUGCUGAUGAAAUCGUGCUUAUAACACCAAACAUUAACCAAGCAGAACGAAUGCUUGCCGACUUUGAUAAAGCCUGUGAAAAAAUUGGUCUUCGACUAAAUCUCGCAGAAACUAUGUCCAUGAGGAAUGGAUUGAUUUCGUAUGCCCCAUUAAUGCUCAACGGGGCGAACAUCUCCGAAUGCUCCAGUUAUGUCUACCUAGGUCGGGAAAUCAAUAUGAUGAACGCCUUAGCUCCACAGUUGAGCAGAAGGGAACAAGCAGUUUGGGGAGCUUUCACGAGAACUGAGAAUGUAGUGAAUAGAACAAAGAACACUUGA